CUUUAUUUGUCUGUAAUUAUUGUGCUCACGCUGAAGCGACGCGAUAAUUUGUACACAGAGAAGUUUAAAUUAUGUAGAUGGCGGAUGCAAACAAACUUGAGAGAAGAUGGGGAACCAUGAAAAAGAUCUCAUUCUUCUACGAUGCUUACUUUGUAGCUCAGUGGCAAGAACAGGCUGUACCGGCAAAGCACAGGACUGGACGACUAGGUUCGAUUCCUGAUAGUUGGUGACUACUCCCGAUGAAUGAUUGUAAUAGGCUCCAACUUUUCUCCUUCAGCACAAUGAAUGGUGAACAAAAUGCUGUUCCUCUUUGUAUACCAAAUAAUUUCCAGUGGAAAGAAUCAGAAAGCCUGCUGGUGCCAAAACAAGAUGCCAAGCGGUCGGAGCUGAAUAUAUGCGAAGAAGGCUUGAAAAUUUUGAGGUCUAUAAAAGGGCCUCUCUGUGUUGUGUGUAUUGUUGGUCCUGCACGAACUGGGAAGUCCUAUCUCCUAAGUCAAUUGCAGGGCAGCAAGUUCAGACUGGGCCAUACCAUGAAAGCAGAAACAAUGGGGAUUUGGAUUGGCCGAACGCCAAUUAAGUAUCGCAUGAGCUCUGGUGAAAUUGUUACUGUUGUCUUCCUUGAUUCCGAAGGAAUUGGUUCCGCAGACAGUGUGGAUGCUACAGAUUCUACAGACAAUCAAAUAUUCACCUUGAGUGUUUUGAUAAGCUCGCUUCUGAUCUACAACAGUAAAAAUGUCCCGACAAAUAGUGACCUGGAAAAAUUACAUUAUGUUUCUAAGUUGUCGGACAGUAUCCGUGUUAAAAAGCAUGGUGAAAAUACCAUAGAAGAUGUGGAAAUGUUUAGAAAGUGUUCGCCUGAAUUUUUCUGGUUAAUCCGCGAUGUCACGUUAAAAAUAACCGAUAUCAACCAUCAGCCUUGUGAUAUAAAUACGUAUUUGGAACAAAAGAUCUUGAAGGAAGAAAGGACGUUGUCCACAACGACAGAAAGAAAAAAUGAAAUAAGACGAAACAUUAAAUCGUUCUUCAAGUCCGUUGAUGCCUUUACUUUACCAGUACCGUCGGACAAGGAACGGGUGCUGUCGCAAAUGGACAAACCAGAAUUCCGGGAAUACCUUAAUGAAGAGUUUUUGGAUAAAAUGGAAACAGUGAAACAGUUAAUAGAGGAAAAGUACCAUCCUAAGAGAGGAUUGAAUGACUCAGUAAUUACUGGAAGUCAGUUAGCUGAUAUGAUAAAGAGCUACGUAAUUGCUCUGAACACCAAAGGUUUCGUACCUGACUGGCAAUCAUUUUGGGAUGUCACAGUCAAAAUAGCAUACCAAAGAGCGGGUGAAACAGCGUUUGCGAUCUAUACGUCAGCGAUGUCUGAGCUGAAAUCAUAUUUCCCCUGUGAGGACGAGAAGAUAAUGAUGCAACAUGAAGAGAUCAUGAAAUACGCUAUUGCGCAAUUUAGAGAUGAAACCUUGAUGGAUCCAGAUGUUGAGCAGUUUCAAAGUCACCUAAAGGAAUUCACCAAACGCUGCUCGUCCUUUUCCGAUGCUGGUGAAUGCAAUGGAGGAUUUUUACAUUCAUUACUGAAGGAGAACUGGAAUAUUUCAACGACAUUUUGCGAAGAUAUCCUUAAAGAACUCGUCGAACAGCACUUGGAACCUGUCCUUGAAAACAUUAACCACGAGACAUCUUACGAGUAUGUGAUGUGUGUUGUUGGAGAAGUCGAAAGUCAUUACUGGGAACUGGGUGGUGCACUCGGCCCCGCCGCUGGAGAAGUUUAUAACAAGCAUCUUUUGAGUUUGGAAGACCGAAAGAAACAAAUGAUGAGGACAAUUUGCCAACUUAAAGAUUAUCACGAUGAAAUGGAAAACCAAAAGAUUCAAACAGCGCUGUAUGAAGCCGUGUGUCUAGAGUCUGAGGAGGAGAACGCACGACUCCUCAGACAAAAAGAAGCACGCGCAAAGCAACACGCUGAAGAGAUUAAAGCAAUACAAGAAGCUAACCAAAGGAAAAUUGAUCAGAUAAGACAAGAAAACAACGAGGCGAUCGAGCGGCAACACGCUGCAUUAAGAAAUCAACAUUCGGCAGACAUGGAGGGAUUGCGAAAUGAACACCGUAGGAUGGAGAAACAAAGAAACGAGGCGAUAGAAAAACUGCGCCGAGAACAGACCGGUCUUAAUCAACAACUUGCUGCCGCUAAUCGACAAGUCCAAGACUUAAGAAACAGGCCGGCCCAAGUUGUCGUUCAAAAGAAAAGGGGUUGUUCUUUGAUGUGAGAUAAAGGGAUUUGUCAUGGUGAUCUGAUGGAAUAUUGGACGGAAUUAUUGGAUGUAAUUAUCGGAGUAUUAAUCUGAUUAUACUGUACAGGGUGCCGGUAUAAAAAACCGCAGCAACCUCAAUAAUUCUCAGAGGCGUACGAUUUUUUGCUAUUGAAAAGGUAUUUUUUCAUACACCCUAGCUGUGUAUAUCAAACUCAUAAAAAAUAUAAUUCAUUUCAAUCGCGAUCAUGUAAGUACUUUUGCUGAGGUAAUGAUUCAGUACUCAUAGGCAAAGGGGGCUUAGGCGCUUACCCAGAUUGGUGAUAAGUCGGGUAAUUUGUACCUUAGAGAUAAAUUUGAGCAAAUAAAUUGAUCGUAUUUUUUGGAACCGGCGACUGUAAGUUAACUGUCUUUUGAACAAAAAAUGUAUGCCUCCUGCGGUUCGUAUACAUAAUAAUUUUUUAAUUUUUAGUUUGUAAUAGAAAUGUCCAUUCCGGCAUUCAGAAUCGUGAAACUUAAGCCUAUAGGUUAUACGUCGCAUUUUUUAGUCCCGUCGAAUGCAAUUCGAAGAUUCAAGAAUAGAUAAUUGUGAUAAUGAAGCUAU